AUGGACAUCCGUAAUGUCAUUGCUGGUGACAAUUCAACCCUGAUGCCCGAGGAAACAGACGCAGACGGCCCCGAAUUCACGCAGUACGUUAAUUUCAUGAUUGGAUAUUUUAGUUUGUAAUUACUCUUACAACGUUGUUUGAUAAAUUUGACUUUUGAAAUGAUAUCUUGAAGACACAUAUAAGACGUCACAAUUGUACAUAUCGUUGACUUUUGUUUUAAAAUAUUUCUCUCCACAGGGAAACUGCAGAGUUAUUAUUCGGUAAUGCAGAAACUGUUAGAAUUCAAGCCACGAAGGGAUCCAUGAUUUCUGAGGAGAGAAUUAUCACCUCGGGAGAGGUACGUUUCCGCGAGCACUUCAAGGAUAGGUUCAAUGAUUAUCAAAUAUUACGUACGAUUUACCAUAAUGACCGAGAGAACGCGGUCAAGAAACAAGAAUUGCCACAACCGUUCUUUAAACAGGAAGGUUACAAGCUGGCUAAAAAGACCAAUUUUAGCUAACUCUACUAUAGACAUUCCUCCUAACAGCUUCUACCAUAUCCAGUGUUAAGUCAAAGAAGAGUCUGGCAGUCUGAUUAGCUCUGAGCAGUGUGGAUAACUCAAGGCUCUCAUUAUUUUUCUUUUCUUGUCCAACGUGCAGAAUCAAAUUGUGAUUUCGAAGUGAUUAUGGUUCCAGAAUACAAAUACUUCUGACCUAAUAUUAUUUACCAAUGAAAUUGCAUUCCACUUACUUUUUCUGUAAGACCUCUGAUCAAAAUUAUUUAGAAACAUAAAUUCUUUGACUAUAUAUAUUUGAAAAUAUUCGUAAUUCUGUUGACUACUUCUGGAAAUUCAUAGGAUAUAACACAGAAAAUAAACGUCGGUGACAUUGGCCUUGUUGCAAUACCCAAAGAGGACAGACCAAAAUCCGGUCAGAGAAACCUCCUUGUGCAAGUAAUGGGCAUUGAUAGUGACCAGCUUCUACUAGCGCCUGUUAUAGAGGAUGCUGUAGGACCCGACUUAACUGUACGUUAUUCUGUGACAGAGUUUGUUAAGGGUGAGCUUUCUGGUUUCUUGUUAUGAUAAGCCAUCUCUUUUCUGGCUAUACCUUUGGCUUUUUUGGCUAGGUUGAUUGCUAGUUUAACCCACGGACGUAUGAGAAAAUUCAUACACCCACCGUGUUUGGCGGCCUUUAGUGGAAAGCACAAGAUGGUCGAGAAGACCAAUGUUAUUGACGUCACCAACAAUGGUCGCCAUCUUCGCCGAAAUAUUGCAUUUUACCAAGACUAUUAGAAUUCUGGUUAAAAUCGCGAUACAUGGUAUCCUUUUAGUGCUUGACAUGUAAAAUAACAUAAAAAAGCACUUUGUCUCAUUUCAUCUACAAGGUUUACUUGUAUAGUUUAAAAAACAAGAAAGAUCAUGCACUUUCACUAACAAAUGGCUUGACCUGCUACGUGUGGUGCAAUACCUCAUAACCACAGUAACUGCCCAUAGUUAAACGUCUCUCAAAUUGCUCGCUAGGAAUUAUCGAACAGCUACUUAAAACUUAACGUGGUCAUGCUUUAUCGCCAACGAAAAAGAUAAAACAAAAUCAGGGGGUGGGGGGAACCACCUCCCCCACCCUUGUACGUCCGAGUGUUAAUUUCACACUUAACUUUGAACCCCCACUAUUUUCCUUUUCACAGUUGAAGAUUCCAAAAUUCAAGAGCAAGACAAAUCCGAAGCUCUGAGAUGCCUCUUUGGACCUGAGACUUCUAAGAUUACCCAUUGGAGACAGGAGUUUGUUAGGCGUCGUAUUUUAGCCGCGGAAAUCUACGCGCGUUGUGUGGAAGACUACAAUUUGAUGUUUUAUCUCAGCGGUAAUGUUUUACUGUAGAUUACUUUAUAAACAUUGUCGACGUUUAGAGGAAUCAGUAUACUUAGGAUGAUUUCAAAUUCCUUUCAAAUCUCCCUUCCAUUCUGUAUUGUUAAAAAUGUUCUCUCUUCCUUUAUUUGCGACUCAUUGAGGUUAAUUCACCUUUUAGUUCACUAAAUGUAAUAGGUGGCAGGUGCUCAUUGCGUAUUUUCAUGUCACUUCCUUUUCCUUUUUUUUACAGCUGCUGAAAGCAACUACACUGUAGAUCAGAGCCUCUUUCCCUCCCGUGAUGUUUCGCCUACAGAAGCGACUUCCGACUUGUCCAAGUGGACGAACGAAGCUAUGAACCACUGCCUUUCGAAAACAGAUGACGGCGAGCGGGCGGAAUGCAUACUAGGUGUUCUUCUUCUACUGGUUCAAGCAGCUAAGGUCGAUGGUAGGCAGCUGGACAUUUCAACCUGUAGGUCCAUUGAUCCUUCUUUAAAGACGUUUCUCUCUGUUAUUGGUCAAACGUCUUUGCCCGGAAUCAAAGGUAUCACGGAGGAUCUUUCUGACAAACUGGCCCCUAGGAUUGCUUUCGCAGAGAUCAUGAAAAGACACACAGACAGUAGACUCUCGCAGUUGAGUAAAUGUGAGUGUUUGAUGACCUACAUGUACUUUAACAUGAUGCAUUCACAAUAUAAUAUUUCUUUAACGACCUACUUUGACCACUGGGAAUGUGGCUGAUUUCUUUAUUUUGGUGGAAUUAGUGGUCGUAAAGUUAAUUUAGUAAGACCUUGUUUUGAUGAUCAUCAUGUUUGCAUUCUUCUUUCCUCAAUGCUGUGUACCCAGUGCGCGUGCAGGAGCUCAUUGUUAACGCAACUGUUUUAAAGACCGAAUUUCUGAUUCAUUUUAUUGUAGUCUGGAAACCUCAAAAUCAGCAUGGCAUUUGUAGUGGAUGCAGACGAACGGUCAUGAUGUGGAUUACAUAGAGGUGUAAAAUUUGUACCAAUUUACUAUGCUACGAAUGCUAUCAUGCCAUUAUGUGCGGUACAGUUAAGCACCAUUGCAGUGGAGGCGAAGUAAAUUAUGACCAAAUCAACUUUGAGAAAGGUAUAUAGCCAUUUAUAAAGUUGUAGAAGUUCAUCCUUCCAUUGUCCCAAUAUUUUUGUGUCGCAAAAAAAAGUAUCUCUUUAUUGAAGCCAAUUAACCGUUCAGCAUGUUCGUUGAAAUAAUAAGAAAAUUUUACAAGCUAAUUAAAUAACAAAUUGUAGUCCCUCCAUCUACCUAGACGUAACAAGAAAAAAACUAUACAAGCGAAAUCGAGCAAGCUUGAUGAAUCCUGUAAUGUUGCUCUCACCCAUCUUGUAUGCACAGAAUAUCAGCCUUAUCAGAAGAUUGAUUCUUCCAAUUCGUCAACUCUCUCGGAGUGCCACAAAGACUGCGAUGGUAAGUAUAUAGUGUAUCAGUUUCUAUUUCGAGAAAACCUAUCAAGCCCUGUGAAUAGAAGAAGCAGCUUGAUUUAUUUCACGUUCAUAGAUUACCAAGACUGUCAAGCAGAAGAUGACCACCAACGUGGUUGUACGGAAAAAACUCGUAAAGACAAUGUCUCUCCGCUUAAGGUAGGUUAUGAUACAGAGAGUUGUUAUCAGAUAUGGACAAUUAAUCUGGCCUGAUAGUAUAAAUGUAAUUUUUCAAUUCACUUCCAGUAAAAAUUUUUAUUUGAAGAAGGAGGAACCACGCUCGCCCGGGGCAGCGAAAAUUUUAUGAUAUAAAUGUGGUCGCUUUCUGGAUUUUUGUUUCAUUUAUUUUUUCUAAUUUAGCCUGAUGUCAAAAAACCACAGUUAACUAUGAGAGGUGCUGUACAACUGCAGUCAGCGACGGGGAAGAAAGCAGCGGGUAGGACAGUUGGCGGGCCUUGCGGUUGUCACAAAAGCAAGCCUUGUAACAGCUUUAAGUGCCGAUGCCGCCAAGCUAACCAGCCCUGCACUGUGGACUGCAAAUGUUACAAUCACGUUUGCUUCUUUAAUAAAGAAUUGGUGAGUCUUGUGAGCGAUACAGGUUAACCACUCUUACAAUCGAGGUAACAAAAUGCGGUCUGUUUUAGAGGGGGCGGGGUAAGAAGGCGCAUGUGCUGCUAAAGAAGGCAUGUUUUUCCGGUGUUUGAAAGCCUUUAAAAUAUGGGAUCACAUCGUACAAACGAAUAUUUUCACAGAAAAUUAUUACGUAAUGUCAUUAACGCAUUUGAAUUUAUUGUUGUAACUUUUUUUUGCUAGAACUUCAUGAUUUUUCAAAUGAAUAAGAAUAUUUAGAACAGUGUGGGGAAAAUAGUAAUGUACAGAGCCUUGCAAUAGGAAAAAUGUCUUUGUGAUAGUUUUUUCUCCAGAUCGAAACUAACAGUACAUUUUACUCAACAGCAACAAAAGGAGUCCUCUGCAAAUUCCAGUAAUAUUCAUGCCCGCCUUCCUGGCCAGGAUUCGACUGUGAAAGAAGUGCUUAUGCAAGGAAAAUGGAAAGGUGAGAUUUUUUUUUUAAAAAAAAAAGACACACAAAAAGAAUUGUUUUCGGGAAAUGGUCCCUUCCUCUGCCGCUGUUACAUAAACAAGUCAGCCCGCCGUAAGCUACCUUGUGUCGGAUGCGCGUGAGAGAAAAUAACCGUCUACCCCUCCCUCAGAUGUUUUGUUGGUAUGCAUUGUCUUGUACUUACCCCUUUAAGCCCGGAGAUCCACUUCUACAUUCUCCAGACUGUUCUCCAUAUACUUCUCAUGAGAAUGGUGGAGGGAAUUUGGUUUCACAUCAAACCGUUCUCCCUUUAGUAACCAACUUAGUAAUUGUCACAUCCUCUACUCUUCAUAAUCAGCUGAUGUUGUUAGGAGAAAAUGGAUGUUGGUCACUUUUGGGACCUAAAUGGUUUCUCGAGGACGUGGUUAGAAUUUGUGUCUUUCACGCUCUCAGUAAAAUCAUGCUAACCAUGUUCUUCUUGCUUAAUCCUUGCAGGCUUCCCCGAUGUCGGUAGCAACUGUUAUAUGAAUUGCCUUUUAUCAGUUCUCCAACAUGUUCGCUUUAUACCUGAUCUCAGACAGGCAUCCAAAGUUAUACCCGAGGGAUGUCCAACAAUGACAGCCACUGUUAAGAUCUACGACAUUGCUUCGAAAGUGCACACAAAGGAAUUCCAGGUAAGUAUUUCAUCGUAUGGGUUAACUUUAUCUUUGCUUUUUACAGUCGUUUAUCGUUUAGGUAGGGUUCUCAACUUGUUCUCUUUUGCAGCGGCAAGAAUAUGAAUGUAGCGUAGCAGAGCUUCUGACAGCCAUUGACUGGGAUAAAAAAGAUCGCGGUGUUGGGUUUUGGAACGACACAAUGGAGUUUUAUCAAGUGCUUCUGGAAAAGUUGGAAGUAGAAAUGGAGGUGACCGUUAAUGUAAACGAACUGUAGUUACGUUUUCUACUAAUUGACUGUAAAUAGAAUCAUAGAUCAAAGUGUUGGAAAUUAAGGCUUUCCCUUCCCAACCCAUUUCUUCGGCUCCUUGGCCCUUUUUACAGAAUCAAAGUAAUUCUUGAAGCUGUAUCCCCAAAAAAGGGGAGCUUAAGGAAAGGUGAUUUGUUUAGCAACGCACUCCGUCAGGAAGUGAGGCCUUUGCCGGACCUCAAACAUUUUUCGACGUAGCAAAGUAGUAUUGCUAACUGUUAUUAAUCCUGUAGGGGAGAUCGUUUGGAAACAUGGGCAGAGCCACUUUCAGUUGCAGCCCGUGGCUGAAAAUACGCCUCCGGUUAAGUUCACUAUCAAAAUGGGGCAUUGGAAGGGUGGGGCGACUUGACAAACGUUGACAAUGGCUGAACAGUGAUGCAUUACCACUUUUAAUUAAAGGACCAGGAUGGGCUGUUUGAGGGGAUGUGCAAGUCUUUCAAAGAAACGUUUUAUAGUCGUGUGCAUGACUCAGAUGCAGAUAAUGAAAAUGGGAACGUCUUUAUCUACAGUAUCCUUUUUCUCAACUGACAAAUAUUAAUCAAGAAAUAAAACUGUUUACAAAAUCCUGUCGCUACGCUUGGUCAUCUAAAGGCGGCUUUUGGAUGGCUUCAAAGUUGGUAACGUACUGUUGUUUCGGUUUUGGAAUGAAAAAUUCAGUAUCCGGUUUUUAUUAUAAAUGUCUCUUGAGUAGGCAAAACAACGCAGCAUGCGGAUAUUAUUGCGUGUUCUUUUUUGGGAGAAUUAACUUAAAGCAUCCGGGCACUGUAAAUUUGUUCAUUCCCGUCCAAGAUACAUGGAAACAAAAAAGAGAAAUUAUUGUUCAAAUACCAGCAUUAAAUGAUUUUCUUAACUCAGUGUCCAGUGUCUCCGUGUAACUAUCUAAUCGUGCCGGCCGAUUGGGAAGAAGGAGACUCACUUACUCGUUUAUUGGAGGUCGUGCAGACAGGAGUCACCAAGGUAAGCAAAAGAUAUUCCGAUAUUCAUCCUAUUUGAAAUGUAGCCAAUGAAACUCGAUGAUCUGAGUAGUUUUUCAUGUGUUUAUACCUGACCUUUUUGCGACAUAGCCUAUUAAUUCACGUUUUAAUUUCUGUUGUUCUUUUCUGCGGCAUAGGAUAUAGAGCUAUCAACGGCACCACGAAGAGUGAUCAAGUAUAGAAGACUUGCAAACGUAUUUGCUAUUUGCCUGAACCGUACAGUUAACGUAAGAAAACGUGAAGUUGUAGUUAAAUUUUGACAUGCGUCAGCACAUGAUGUUUGGGUUACCAAACCUGACUUAAAAGAUUUGUAAAAACCAACCAUUAAGGUGCGCUUUAUUUUUAAUUUUCUUGUAGGCUAAAGUUGGCAUUCCAUUGACGUUAUCGGAGUUUUCCCUUUCUAAUCCUGGUGAAUUAAUGCCCCUUUACGGGUCCAGUGCCAAUAACGUGAUAUUGUGA